UCCGCCCAGAAUGCGAACGGACCUGCCACCAAUACUCACACCGUCACGGCAUUGGGAAGAUGGUCCAUCCUGAACAAACAGCUCCCAGCCGUGGAAACAAUCAAGACGAUCCACGUUUACGACUUCGACAACACUCUGUUCAAGACGCCCCUGCCGAACCCGAAGCUGUGGAACGGCCAGACCCUCGGCAACCUGGCAUCACCCGACAUCUUCAUCAAUGGUGGUUGGUGGCACGACUCGCGAAUUCUCGCGGCCACAGGCGACGGCGUUGAACGCGAGGAGCCCCGAGCUUGGGAAGGCUGGUGGAACGAGAAGAUCGUCGAGCUUGUCAGGCUCAGCAUGCAAGAGAAGGAGGCCCUGACCGUCAUGUUGACUGGGAGGUCUGAGCGUGGCUUCUCCGACCUAUUGAAGCGCGUAGUGGCGGCCAAGGGUCUUGAUUUCGACCUGGUCGGGUUGAAGCCCGCCGUGGGACCUCAGAACGAGCGUUUCACCAGCACCAUGAACUUCAAGCAGAUCUUUCUCGAGUCGCUCAUGGAAACCUACAAACAAGCUGAAGAGAUCCGCGUUUACGAAGACCGGGUCAAGCACACCCAAGGCUUUCGCAGCUUCUUCACCGACUACAACAGGCGCCAGGAAGGCUACGGGGGAAAGAAGACCCGCGGGCCCAUCAACGCCGAGGUCGUACAGGUUGCCGAGAUCUCUACUUUCCUGGAUCCUGUGGUCGAGGUCGCAGAGAUCCAGCAUCUCAUUAACAGCCACAACGCUCUGCUCAGGCAGAAGCCCUCCCAGCGCGGUCGCAAUCAACAGCCUCUGAUCAUCAAGAAGACCGUCUUCUUUACCAGCUACAUGGUCGGCAAGGAGGACACCCAGAAGCUACUCAAGCUGUCCAAUUUCCCGAACAGCAAUGAUUUGAAGGUCCAUGGCAACAAUAUCAUGAUCUGCCCAAGACCCUGCCCCCAGAGCAUCCUCGAAAAGGUGGGCGGCAUGGGCGCCAAGAUGAAGUGGAAGGUAACUGGCACUGGUUGCUUCGAGAAUAAUAUCUGGGCCGCCUCCGUUGAGCCAGUUCCGCCGAAUGCCAAAUACCACACCGACAAUCCAAGUCCGCUCGUCGUUCUCGCCAUCCGGAAGGGUGCACGACCUAUGGAUGCGGGCAAAAUCCAGAACUGGCACCCCGUUCCACCCGAGAAGGCCUACAUUCUUGACACCACAGUCAGCGAGAAGGUCUUGCUACGUAUCGAGCCCGAAGACCCUAACGAGAACGCUUACGAGAGUUUGUUCGCCAAUAAGGCAUCUAAGCGCAAGCACACCGGCGACGACAACCAUGCCCCUCGCCCUCGUGACAGCAGUGGCAAUUUUGCUAACUCUGCCGGAGAUCGUGGCGGCUUCAGGGGAGGCCGUGGUGGCCGCGGUGGCUCAAACCGAGGUGGCAACCAUACACCCAGUCGUGGAUAUCGUACCGGCCCUCGUGGCGGCGGCCAUCAUAAGAAUGCUGGUCGCGGCGGCAAAGGUGGCGGACACAAUUAUCGCUCGCUGGAUGACGUUGGCAACCGAGAGAACCAAGCCUACGGUGGGCCCAACUCUGGUGUUUCGUACGACGACAGCUUUCCGUCGCUA